ACCCGAUUUAAAUUCAUUUAUAGUUAACAUGAGAAGCGCGACAUCUCGAAAGACUAGAAAAACUAAAAUUUAGACCCUUAUAUUUGUAAGAUUUAUGAACAGAACAUCCAUGAAAUGAAAAGGAUAAUUUACAGAUCUCUCAGUGAGUCGGAGCACAGACUGUGUCUAACACGCGGGGACAUUUAAAGCCAGAAACAUGCGCUCUCAUUAUUGGGUUCAAGGUGGAGGACGUAGAGCAGAUUUCAGGAGGUUCACGGUCAUUGAGGUUUCAGAAAGCAGUGAAUCAGUGCAGAGUCCGGCACUCAAUCCUAGGAAAAGGCUUCAUUCGGCAGAGGAAGUGCAAUGCGGCAGCCGGCCAAACCCGGAGGGUGCCGGUUCAGCGUCCGUAACAGAGUUAAGUUAUUCUGAGAACAAGCACGGGAGGGAAAGCCUGUGUCAGCGAUGUCAAAUCAUUGCGAACCAACUGAACAGGCAGGCGCGCGAGCUGGCCGAGCCAGGAACUCUGAAGGACCCGAGUUUUGCAGCGUUUCUCCUCGACGAGCUCCAGUCUCAGGAAUGGCCUCGGCGGGUCUGCAGUGCCCAGAGCAGCUGUGAAGUGUGUGGGACGUCGCUUUACCACCUGAGGUGCCUGGCACUGCACUCGGCCCUCGGGCUGCCAUUCGACAACAUGCCUGACCUGCAGCCUGGACCCCUCACUGGCCUUCUGCCUCCACGCGUGGCCUCUCACAGCUCCAUAUCACCCUAUCCAUCCUGGGACUGGCCCACGCUAUGUCCUCCAGCCGUUGGCAGUCAAAGCCUCAGCAGGCGACCAUGUGGCCCGGAGAAUCAAGAUGGAGCGGUCAAAGUAGGUGGCAAACGCUCCUGUCUGGCCACUGUCACACCUCUACCUCUACACGCACAGCAUUAUUUGGAGGGAGUGUGGCGUGUCACAACCGUCCCAGAACACUCAGUGAGUCCUACCGGAGACAAGGAUAGUUUGACACCUGUAUCCACUAGGUCCAUUCAGACCACCGCUGUACCUCUGGUUUCUCCGUCAAGCCAAAAAACAGCACAUUAUGACCAGCCGGCUGUCCCACCCGCAGCCCAAACUAGCUCAGCAGCCUCCUUCUUCCUCAGGGCUGCCCAGAAGCUGAACCUCUCCAAACGGAAGAAGCCUCAGCCACUUCCGCCAUCUCCUCCGGACCCAGAAGAGCCGUUCUUCUACACUGAUGGCUUCAGUGCCGCCCUGCAGCUCUCUCCCCCAGCUGUACCCCCGUGUCUCCUCAGGGCAGGGGCAAAGGUUAAGGACAGCCCUGGGAUGGGAAAGGUGAAAGUGAUGGUGCGACUAUGUAAUGCCAAAGGAUCGAGAGACACCUCAGAAUCCAUGUCCUUUCUCAAAGUGGACGCCCAUAAGAAACAGCUGACGUUUUGUGAGCCGCCCAUGUGUGCCCGCACCGCCUCUGCCAACGCCCCAAAGAUGUUUACCUUUGAUGCCAUCUUUACCCAAGAUGCUUCCCAGGCGGAGGUGUGCUCAGGGACAGUGGCAGAGGUUAUCCAGUCUGUGGUCAAUGGGGCAGAUGGUUGCAUCUUCUGUUUUGGUCAAGCCAACCUUGGCAAAAGCUACACCAUGAUCGGCAGGGACAGCUCUACACAGAGCUUGGGUGUUGCACCCUGCGCAAUCUCUUGGCUCUUCAAGCUCAUUGAGGAAAGGAAAGAGAAGACCGGCACAAGAUUCUCCAUUCGAGUGUCUGCUGUGGAAAUCUGCGGCAGAGAAGAGGUGUUGAGAGACCUGUUGGCUGACUUUUCUGCAGGAACUUCACAGGACAGUCAGAGUGCAGGAAUUUCUCUGCGAGAGGACCCAGUCUGUGGCUCUCAGCUGCAGAACCAGAGCGAGUUGCGGGCAUAUUCAGCUGAGAGAGCGGCAUUCUUCCUGGAUGCAGCUCUGGCAGCUCGUAGCACCACCCGACCUGACUGUAAGGAGGAGGAUCGGCGCAAUUCUCACAUGCUCUUCACACUGCACAUAUCCCAGUACCGCAUGGAGAAGAGCAGCAAAGCUGGAAUGUCUGGGAAUCGUAGUCGCCUGCAUCUUCUGGACUUAGGAAGUUGUGAGUCUGAUCUGAGUCAAACCCGAGAUGGAGGAAGAGGCCAGUGUUUGUCAUUAGGUGCCCUUGGAAAUGUCAUUUUAGCCUUGGCCAAUGGAGCCAAGCAUGUGCCAUACAGAGACAGCAAGCUUACCAUGCUGCUGAGGGAAUCGCUGGGCAACAUCAACUGUAGAACCACCAUGAUCGCCCACAUCUCUGACUCGCCAGCCAAUUAUGUUGAAUCUCUCACCACUGUGCAGCUUGCCUCCCGUAUUCACCGCAUGAGAAAGAAGAAAUCCAAGUAUGCAUCAAGUUCCUCUGGAGGGGAGAGCUCCUGUGAAGAGGGACACAUCAAACGAAGACCCUUCCACCCUCGGACUGUGGCUCUUGACCCAGACCACCCUGCAGUUUUAUCCAGUGAUCCAGAUUACUCAUCCAGUAGUGAGCACUCAUGUGAUACAGUGAUCUAUGUUGGGCCUGGUGGGGCCCCUAUCUCUGACCGCGAACUCAGCGACAAUGAAGGUCCCCCAGCAUUUGUUCCUAUCAUUCCCUCCCUGAACAAGAAGCGUGUAAAAGAGGGAUCUAAAUCUGAUGGGGAUCACCUCAAAUGUAACACCUUUGCGGAGUUACAAGAACGACUAGAGUGUAUUGAUGGCAGUGAAAGCACAUCUGUUUUCACCAGUGAAGCAAAAGUCCUGCAAACAGCCUUAAAAUCUGGAGCGGACAAAGCAUCAGAAGGCAUUACCUUAUUGACAAGGACUGCUAAGUCUUCUCUUCAAAAGCCUACAAACUUGGGAGCUACGUCUGAAAUAAACACAACACAGCAAGAUUCAGAACCUGUUGUGAGAGGAAAAGUGUUUAGUAGAGGGGCUAUACAAAAACCCAAUGCCUCUUUCUCCACACAGAACAUAUCAAAGACGUCAGUUUUGAAUACUGAGUGUGGUUUAGCCACAAGGACACCUCCAGUGGGUAUGAGCCAGCAAGCCCUUAGACAGGGAGAACAAAAUGACUCCCCAAUUACUGACAGAUCCCAACAUCACGGUAGAAGUCCUAUGGAGGUGAGCCACUUACGUGCUGCUUUGAGGAACAGGUGCUUCGACAGAGAUGUUUUAAGGACUACAGUUACAUUGCAGCAACCUGUGGAGCUCAAUGGAGAGGAUGAACUUGUGUUUACAGUGGUUGAAGAGCUACCUGCUGGUCUGGUUCCAGACAAUGGGACACCCUCCAGCAUAAUUAGCUUCAAUAGCAACUGUUCUUUGCAGGCUCUGGCUUCUCACUCACGGCCUGUUAGUAUUAUCAGCAGUAUCAACGAUGAGUUUGAUGCUUACACAUGCCAGUUAAACAAGUCCAAUCUGAACCAAGGUGCUUCUGGUGCUUCCAAUUCAAAAGAGGAAUUUACAGCUGGACAUGCAGCACAUUCUUCAACUGGUGCUUGGACUUGUAAUUCAAAUCUUUGUACCCCAUGUAGGGAUGAAACUGAUAGAAGCCACUCAUUAAAGGGAGUUUGCAAGGGACUAGUUAGCAGCUCCAUGAUGGAUUUACCUGGUAGAUUACAUAUGGAGUCUGUCUCACAGCAAAGAACAAGAAGUCCACCGGGUGACAGUGGAAUUUGCUAUUCAGAUCAAGGUUAUGAUUCUGCAACUGUUGAUACGUUGUCCAUAUCUAAGUGCCCUCUAACUCAUGACAGUACCAAAGCAUCUCUCAAACCAAUGAGAUCUAAUAGACUAUUGGCCUCACAAUCUGCCCAGAUCUCAUGCCUCUCUAGUCUCCCUAGAAAAAGCACCCAAAUUUCAUCUUCAAGUAGUAGCUACAGCCAUGAACUGCAACGUCAAGGUAGUAGAAUAGAUGAACAAUGGAGCCACUCUAGCAGUGGGCUGCACUCAGCCAGGAAUUCUGAGUUUAGCUCUGUUGGCAAACCACCAAAAAAUGGCACAAGUGGAAUUCCAUCUAGAAAGAUAAGUGGGAAUAGCAACAGUGUACCUCGCCCUCCCAAAAUGCAUGCAUCGUCCACAUCUCAAAGGGUUGUGGAUGGUUGUGAAAAGUCCAGUGUUAAGAAAGGGGAGCUGAGCAAGAUGCCUCAGCUCAAGCGAGGAGCCACCACUCUUGGGAUGGUAUCAGUUCCCCAUAGCUCCUCUGAAUUAAAAUGGGGUAAUGAUGCCUCGCAAUCAACUGGUAGCUUAAAAUUCUCGUCCCUGGGAAAGAGAGCUAAUGGACAGAAGAGUAGCAUGAUUCCUAAGUCUGGAAGCAUGUCACCUCCUGCUCCACCUGUGCGAAAAUCCAGCCUUGACCAGAGAACACGGAUUUUGUUGUCUCCUAGUGCCUUAAAGUCUGUAGGUAGUGAUGGAACAAGACUGUCUUCAUCUAAAGCAUCUGUUUCUGAAGAGGACUUUGAUGUUCGAGGUAAAGGGGAUUCCUUUAGCUUUAGAUCAUCCAGCCUGAAGACAGCUUCGAGUCUCAGAUCACACAGUGCUAAAGGAGACAAUGGAAGGCAUUUUGGUAGUCUUAUGUCCCUUGAAAGGUGUGAUAGUUUAACCUCAGUGGGUUCCAGACCCGGAACAUCAAGAGAGAACAGUAAUGUCAGUAUCAGUAGCACUGGCAAAUCAGCUAAAAUGGUGCCAAAACUUGGGGCUUCUUGUCCCUUAUCUACACCAACUGCCACUUCCCCUCCAUCUACUGGUGGAAUUUGUAAGCUUGGACAGAUAAAAGCUAGUUUAUCUCCUAGAGCCAUUGUUGGAAAUGGCAACAAAGGAAAAACCUUGUCAAGUACUGGUUCAAAGUCUAUUAGCUCAUCCACCAAGUUCCUUGCCACCUCAGCCACUCGGAAUGCAAGUCUACCUCCAACUGGAAAAACCCCAACUAGGUCUGUCACGAGUUCCAGUACUAAACAAGGAAGGGGCACUAUUAUGGGCACAAAGCAAGCGCUCCGUGCAGCCAACAGUCGGGUCAGUGAAUUAGCAGUUGGUAGCUCCAAGAAACACCUCAGGGGUUCUGACCAAGCAGAUGAAAAUAGUGAUGCCAGAACUUCCAGUGAAAUGCCACCAGCUACCCCUUUGCCCUCUCCGUACAGCAAGAUCACUGCCCCUCGCCGACCUCAGCGCUACAGUAGCGGACACGGUAGUGACAACAGCAGUGUACUUAGUGGUGAACUGCCCCCUGCCAUGGGACGCACUGCACUUUUUUAUCACAGUGGAGGCAGUAGUGGCUAUGAGAGCAUGAUCAGGGACAGUGAAACUACAGGCAGUGCAUCUUCUGCCCAUGAUUCCAUGAGUGAGAGUGGAGUGUCCACGACCAGUCGAACAAAGGCCUCAAAAUCCCCCAAAAAGAGAUCUAAUGGCCUACAGCGGCGCCGUCUGAUUCCUGCUCCUCUGCCAGACACCUCUUCCCUGGGCAGGAAAGUUGGUGCAGCAGGACAGUGGGUCGAUCUGCCCCCACUGGGUGGUACAAUAAAGGAACCUUUUGAGAUCAAAGUGUAUGAGAUUGAUGAUGUGGAACGCCUUCAGAGACGCAAAGAAGGUUUAACAGAGGGUUUGCAGUACUUCAACGCCCGUCUUAGGAUGCUGGAGAAGAGGCAGCAGCAGAUCAGGGAGUUAAGAGCCAAGCACGAGAAGCUGAAAAAGGAGUUGGAGGAUGCCAAGACUCGACUCAUGCUGGACCCCAGCAAAUGGAUGGGAGAAUUUGAUGUAGACCCAGAUCUGGACCAGGAGUCACAUGACUACCUGCAAGCUCUGGCUCAGGCCACAGGAGACCUGGAGUUUUGUGUCAACCUAUGCAAGUCUCGCGUGAUGAUGGAGACCUGCUUCGAUAUCGCAGUGCCCGCGAUUCCAGGACAGAGUGGACAACAGGAGAUGGAGGUUUAGAAGAGAAUAAAACAAGAUGCUAUUUGCAAGCUAGCUGUGAGUUAUGGCAAGAACAUGUUUUUUUUUUUUAAAGACUGACCUGCUUCGAGUAAUGCAACAGUUGACGGUAAUGAACAUGCAUGGGAAUACCAUGAAAUGCUGAGAAACAAAGAGACUACAGAAUAAGAGUAAGAUCGUGUCCUGAGAUCUUCACUAACGUUACCAGAAAGUGCCUUAAACCAAAAAAUAUCAGAUGAAAUAAAUAAAUAAAAAAAUCCCUAGAAUUAUCUUUGUUUUUAAGAUUGGUGCUAGUACUGAAACCAACUUUCCCAAGUACACUUUGAAAAACAAAGUAUUGUGCAUUGCAAUGCAAUGUAUUGUGUAUUUAUAAGCUAAAGUGUGUAAAAAUAUAGUUUUAAGUAUUUUCAAUUACGCUGAGAGAAAUUCCCCAUAAUAUUGCCUUUUUAAUGUAUAAUUAUCUGUUCAACUUCAACAUGCAAUGCUUCUUCUGAUUCUGAAGCAUUGUGGUUAAUCUUAUUUAGUUACAGUCUCUGCAUGAAGGCCUUGAUAUACUUGAAGCAAAAUCAAAGAACUAAUAGGUGAGAUGUCUUUAGAACUAAUUCAGCCUAAAAUUUACUCUAUCUUCAAAACUAUUGGUCUGUGAUGAUGAUGUAUUAGGUGGGUGUGGCUAUGAGGCUCCGCCUCUUCUUGUGUGCAAAUAAUCUCUAGUUAGGACUGUAGGUGCGUUCUACUUGAACCAUGGCUGCAACCAACAACCGAGCACAGGCAGGGGCUGAGCUGAAAACAAGGCUGUCAGGUCGGACACCUCAGGGCUUCGUAGUUUGCUGCAUGAUGACAAAUCAAAUAGCGAGAUCAAUGAUUUUAUUUAUUUAUUUAUUAAUCCAGUCACAUUAAUCCAAAAAGAUUGAACAAAAGGACAUUCCCAAAAUAAGUGAGCUAAACUUUCAGUGGAAAUUUCACAGAAAAAAGCUAGAUAAGCAAUGUUACUCUUAAAUGUAUGUAUAAAUGGCCCGACAGGAUAAAACUAUUUAAUAAAUAUCUAAAUUAUUUUAGAACUAUUUAAAGAAUAAUUAUUUAUCUAAAUUUGAAACCGUCAUGGGGUGGCACGAUCAAUUAUGAUCAGUUAAAUUACAAGUCUGUAAGACUUAUUUGAGUUGAUAUUUGGUCAUUCUCUAAAAAUAUGGAAGCUAAUUUAAAUCAUAUAUGGAGCUGUAUAAAGUAAAGGGUCUGUAUAAAAACGAUCGAAAAUAAACCUAUGCAAACAAUCUAGCCUUUAUAAACAAAUUAUUUAACAAAAAAAAAUUUUGCCUACUGCAGUUAAAUAUUUAAAGUCUUUUAAUAAGCAUGAUGUGUACAAGAUAUACAUGGCAUAUAAAGUUUGUUUGGAAGUUUGUGAGGCAGAAGUUGUCCAAUAAUAAACCCGAAACACACUUGGUUGUUGUCAUGUGGUGAACUCAGCCAAUCUUGUAAUAUUGGUGUCGUGAUCGCAGCUCCUGCAGUUGAUCUUCAGGUGCUGCACCGGCUGAAUCAUUCGUCUGAUCUUGGAGUGAUGUUGCCAUAGUUUGAUGCCACAUGUGACAGUCACGUGGCGUCGACGCAGAGCUGCAUGAUGUUGAACGCACUGAGUCUCUAGUCUGUGUGAAAUUAAAAACAUUUAUUUUACAAGUGCACAUACUCAUUAAGUCAACAAAUAAACCUUGCAAGUCAAUUCACUCAAUAAUAUUUUUUUGUGUUGGUAAUUGUCUAAGUCUUACCCUUUGCUUCUGUAUUUGGACUGGCUGUGCUUUUCUAAAGACGUCAGUAUUCUUAUUCUUGCCCCUCUUACUAUUACUAUGUGGGAAUGAUGCGCUAAAGGAAAGUCACGCUCCUACUCAAUAUUCUGUUUCAGUUGAAAGUACAUCAACACACUGAAAUAAAAGUCUCAGCAACUUCCUGUUAAUGCAGACUUUUAUUUCAUCAGUUCUAUUUACUGAGGUCAGACAUCUUUGAGCAAAAGCAUGAACAAACUUGAGAGCUGUUUUAUAGUUAAAAAGGAAAGCGGCACUAGCUUUUUGUUUCUGGUAAGUUGCUUUGUUUAAAGUAAUCUGCCAUAUCACUUCACGAGACACAGAUAUAUAUUUUAUUUAGCUUAAAAUGCUUUUGCCAGAAGCUAUUGAUUUUUAUUUAAUGCAUAACCAAGGACCACUGUUUCAGCUAAAAAUCCUGAAAUCUUGAAGGUUUAAUGUUGAAAUCCUCAAUGUUCUACUGGAGAAAAUCGACACAGACAAAAUGGUAUUUUAAACUUCUUUUCAAACCUAAAGAAAGAAUGAAAAAGACUUUUGCUUUGAGUAUAUCUUGGCCUUAAUGAUUGGCUGUCAGAAGACAUGUAAUUUCCCCUGGAUACAGAUUUGCUUCUUUAAUUGAUCAGUGCAGCUGCCGGCAGAGCAGUAAUUAGAGCUCAGCUCAAACACUUCUCAGGACAUCUAACCGAAGUGAGUUUGUACUUUGUUAUUUGAGUGUGUGUUGUUUGCAUCAUACUGUAAUGUGUGCAUGUGUCUGUUCUUCUCUGAUCAUCAUGCAAGCUGGUGUCUUUAAUGUGGUAAACAAAUCCACUCUAUCUACCUGAACUACAAAAGAUUAUGCCUUUUUUUGCUGAAAAUGAUCUUCAAAAUGAUCAGAUAUACCAACGGCUAUCAUCUGUUGACAACUUCACAGCACAGGACCUUUUACUCACUGUGUCCAGUGAAUUAUGUUCAGCUUCUGAUGUUAAUUUAUUAUUGUGUUUUUUUUUUUUUUGUCCUGUUAAUCCUUAAAGUGUUUCUGCAGAGAAGUGUGAAUGCUGUUUCCUAUAAAGAAACAAAUAGAAGAGAUUAUUUAAAAUGGCAAAUGUUUGAAGUAGAGUUUGUGGCUUUUUUGUUUUCUUUUUACAAAAAACAUUUUGUUUUCAUUGAAAGAUUGGUUUAUUUUAAAGGAAAAUAGACUUUUUUUCCUCAAGUUGCUGCAUGACAUUUUUUUUUGUCAAAUUAAUAUAUGAUUUUAUUUCUGUUUGAUAUGUUAAUCUGAGAUUUAUACUGAUAAUUUAUGUUUUAACAGAUCUGCCAAGCAUUUAGACUUUCAAUGUCUAUGACAUUUUAUCAGUGUUCCUGCUUUGUAUUGUACAGUUUUUUUAUCCUUUUUAAAAACCAUGUAUAAACUCAUAAAUUUGCAUUAACAAAAAAUAUGAAUAAAGAAUGUCUCCUCUUUAUAA